CUGGAUAGGACAGACCGGGGGACUUAUGCAAAUUGCCUAUCUAUCUGCAGGUGCAGUAUACUCAAAAGAUGAACGUUCUUCCACUAACCUAGUUUGGGAAAUGUCAACGUUUCUCUGUAGAUGUAAGAGAUAAAGUGGAAUACACGUUCAUUAUCAAGGAAAGGAUCAAGGAAAGCCUGGAAACAACCAUUCGUUAGUUCAAUAAUCUCUGUGUUGUUACGGCACUGUCCAGAUAUUAAGAUGAGCACAGAGCAUGUGGAGCAGUCAGAAACUCAGAAUGAACAAGCUGACAUUGAACAAAAUGGUAUUGACUUCACCAGACAAAUCAAAACAGAAGAUCUGCAUGACUCUCCCCAUUCAGCUGCCUCACACAAGACAUGCCACCUGCCUCAAGGCUCCUACAUGUCAGGGGGGUCACUUACAGGAGACCUCCCCCCCCUACCUCCUCUCCCGCAGCUGCUUUUGAUGUCCGGUUCCCAUCUGUCAUCAUCUUCCUCCUUUCUCCUGUCUCAGGCACAAUCUUCACACCAAGCUUUACUACAGCCGAACCUCCUCUCGUUACCCUCCCAAUCCCAGACUGGCCUAAUGCAGCACCAGCCUGGCCUGGCCCUUACUCCACAGGGGAUGAGUCGCACAGGCCUGGCGGGACCCACAGUGGACGGGCAUCUGGAUAUGUCCCACCUGCAGGUCCCCAAACACGUUGGCACCUCGCCGCAGGAUGAACCCAAUGACCUGGAGGAGCUGGAGCAGUUUGCCAAGUCCUUCAAGCAGAGGAGGAUCAAACUGGGCUUCACGCAGGGUGAUGUGGGACUGGCCAUGGGGAAACUAUACGGGAAUGACUUCAGCCAGACCACAAUUUCACGCUUUGAGGCUCUGAACCUGAGCUUCAAGAACAUGUGCAAGCUGAAGCCCCUGCUGGAGAAGUGGCUGAGUGACGCAGAGAACUCCCCCGCUGACACCAUGUCCAACCAGCCUACACUACCCCAGCUAAUGGAGGGCUACGGGAGGAAGAGAAAAAAGAGGACAAGUAUUGAGACCAACAUUAAACUCACCCUGGAGAAACGUUUCGGUGAUAACCCCAAGCCUAACUCAGAGGAGAUUGCGCUGAUCUCAGAACAGCUGGCCAUGGAGAAGGAGGUGGUGCGUGUCUGGUUCUGCAACCGCCGGCAGAAGGAGAAGAGAAUCUUCUUGCCCGUGUCCUCUUCGCCCAUAAAGCCACACAACUUCAACUCUAGAAUAGCUGCCACCUCUAGGCCCUACAGUCCAACAGGGGGAGUUUCUUCCAGUUCCUCCCCCGGCAGCCCGGGCAGAGGGUCCUCUCCUAGCGGGCUCUCCUCCACUUCCAACCUGCUGACCUCACAGGGAGUCAACCAGUCCUUCGGGGUACAGUCUGCAGGGCCCUGGUAUCGUACAUGGAGUCAUCCGUCUUAUCAUCACUAGAAGAUAAAGCCAGCUGGGCCAUCCAGAACCACUGGAUCAGCUCCUGCGCUCAAACAUGAAGGCCCUUUUUUCACUGAUGUCAAAUGGAUUUUGGAGAUGCAUUGUAAAUCUCACUUAUGAAGGCCUUUGUUCGAAAUGACUGAAGUUUGCAGGGACCACCCUGAGCAACCUGUUCACUGGAAAGUCUCCUGUUUCCUCUUCUCCUCCUCUGCUAUGUGGUGAAAUGUGCCAUGUAAACGGGUUUAAGUUAUGUGACAGUAUGUGUGAUUUAAUUGAACUGGUUGCUCAAGGACAUUCAAGUGUCCUCGCUACAGAGAAGAGGAGGACAGAAGAGUGAAUAACCCCUCAAAGAAGGAGAGAUCCAAUAACACCAGUGUGUUUACAUUAUAUGUUUUACUUUUUCUUUUGUUCUUGUACUUUAUUAUGUCAGUAGGAACAUGCAAACACACCCCAUAUUUUGCAGAUAUAUUUUUUGUACAUAUUUAUGGCAAAAGUAGAUGUGGACCUGCUAAUUUAUGGAAGUAUGUGCCUUUCUAUCUUUCAAAAGAAUUUGAAAUAAUAUUUCCUGAACUUAAAAUGUGCGCUCAUAAGAGAAUUCAUAUGGAGUGCAAGCUAAAAUAAAUGUUUGUGGUUGUAUCGUAAUGUCUAUUGGAUUUUCAUUUGAUGUUAGUAUGAUAGCCAUCUCAAAUGUUCAAUGCUAAUACAAGAGCAACAUGUUUGGAUUUAAUGUAUUUACAACAGAUGAAGGAUUUAAAGGUACAUUUGGCAGUGUUUUUCGUAAGAAAACAAGAUGUAGUUGGCAGAACGUUUAGACUGAUGGAUAAGAACUGAUAUGGUAGAACAGUGUAUGGCCAACAAAAAGUGCAGAAAAAAGUACGGUAGCUGCACAAGUUAAAAUAAAAGAGAUUGUCCUGAAGGCAGGUUUACACUUAAUGUGUACCUAAUGUGUUUUUAAAUCCAAAAUGAAGAAUUAGGGACCUAAAUCAGGCCUCAAGAGAGGUCACUAUUGAUUGAAUACUUUUAUAUCUGCAAGGGACACAAAUUUGUGCUACACCUUUACACCAUUUGUAAAAAAUAAAUAAAAAAUGCUGUAUACUA